AUGGAUGGCCGUUCCCCUUUUCAGAAGGUUUCGCUGGAUAGAACGAGGAAUUUUAGUUGGGUCUUCCUCGUAGAUUGGGUUUUAACAUGCAUAGUGACACUAACGGUUAUCUUCUACUUGGGCAGGAUAUUUGGUUUUCUUCUCACGUUCAUACUCGAAUGGGUUGUUUGGAAACGUUGCAAGGUCAAGAUAAACAUCGAGUCACUUCGGAUAGCCCCUCUGGGCGGCAACAUAAUGUUUAGAAACCUUUGCAUUAUUCAUAGGGAUUAUACCAUAUCAUGCUUGGAAGGGACUAUCAACUGGAGAUACUGGUUGUUUAACUCACGGAAGUCCCAGUACCAAGAGAAUUUAGAUAACGAAGAAGAAAGACUGGAAAAUGGUCAAGAACCUAAAAGCAAUAGUGGCCGUAAGCAUCCUUGUAGGUUUCUGCUGGCUUGUGAAGGGUUAGAAAUUUUUGUUUACAAUAAAACGUCAUCCUAUGAAAAUAUUAUCCAUAUGUUCUCUAAGGAAGAACGAGCUCAAUUUGAAAAGUUUGUGGAUGAUCAAACCAUGACAGAACUUUUCAACGAGUCAGAGCAAGAAAAUAAAGUUUUAUCAGAAAGUACACCUUCUAGUGUUACGAUGGAGACUGUGGGUAGCAAUGAUAGAAAUAAUAAUGAAGACAGUAAUGAAGAAGAAGAUGCUGGGAGGAAUCAAAAUGAUGGACAAGCACCUAAUAAUCUGGAAAAUGAUGAACUUUUCGAGCAACAGUGCUCAAAUCGAAAAUCGAUGUAUAUGCGAUUUCUUCCAAUACAGAUUUCCACGCGUCGAUUUUCGUUAGUAUUAGGUAACCGGUUUACCCCAUCCAUCCUGGUAGUAAGCGCUAAAAAUUCUAAAGGAAUAAUAGAUCUUUGUCCACCAAAGGAAAAAUUAGAUCUAUUUAAAAUUAAACUUGAAAAGGAACUUUACGAUGUGGACGCAUCUGUCAAACAAAAUAUUGGGUUUGACGAUGAUAUAUCGACUAGUUUUAAGUGGACCAGAGGUAGAUUAUCGAAACUUUGGCAAAAGUUUGCUCGCAUAUUUCUUCUACCAACAUUGGGUCCUAAACAUUUACAAACACAAGAAGAUAUUACGUUUCGUGAAAAUUGGAAAGGUUUGUCACUCUAUAGGCAAAAUAUGGAGGAAGAUGAAUUGGAGAAUGUGGACUUCGACUUUGCCAAUCAUGAAUACGCUAGAGUUAUUAGUAUUUUGAAAAGUGCUAAAAUUGUCUUCACAUAUGAAUAUGAUAUACCGGGGCUUGUUCCAAAAGAACCCGAAGAAACUCUGCAGGGGCCGGAAGUCGGUAACAGUGGAGCUCCACCUGAAUUUGGUGUAGAUAUUCAACUCUAUGGUGCAAAUAUAUGCUACGGACCUUGGGCAGAAAGACAGUUAAGCUAUCUGAGAGCUCUUUUGUCACCAGUUGUGUCUAGAACACCAAAACCUAUAAAGACUCUUACACCAGGAUCUCAAAGAAUUUACACAAUUUUCAAAACGUCCAUUAGCAUCAUGGAAGAGUCCACUUGGCGUAUCCCCACAAGAGAAAAGAGUAAGGAUCAAGAGUUUUUAAGGCAUUACGUCGAGACCAAGGAAGAAUUCAGACCAUUUGGUUGGAUCGAUCUCAAAUUCAUGAAAGAUUCCUAUGGUAUUCUCGAUACGGUUAUUUGUCCCACUGAAGAAGGCUCCCCCAACAAUGUUAAUUUCCAUUUUUCCAACAUGGAAAUUAGAACAAGUGUCAAUCACGAAUUACUUUUGAGGGCUAAAUCUUUUGACUUUGAGGCUGAUAUGGGAUAUCCAUUAGGUUGGAAUGAUCAGGCUAAUUGGAAUAUCAAUCUAUCUUCGACCCAGUUAGAAAUAUUCAUAUUGAGAGAACAUAUUACUUUGAUAUCUGACGUCUUUGCAGAUUUUUCUUCUGGUGAUCCUACGCCAUACGAGUUGUUUAGGCCCUUUAUUUACAGGAUUAAUUGGAAUUUGGAUGGUUACUCUAUCUAUUUGAAUGUGAAUGACCAUAACAUUGUUAAUAACCCUCUAGAUUUUAACGAGAAUUGUUAUUUGUCUUUACACGGUGACCAUUUAAUAUUCGAUGUGAAGAUUCCUCGUCAAACUGUUGCGAAUAGAUGUACUGAAAUCACUUAUCAUAUUUCAACACCUAUGUUCAGAUUAUUACUUAAUACACCACCGUGGAAUACAUUAAAUGAAUUUAUGAAAAACAAGGAAGUGGGGAGAUCUUAUAAUUUCCAAGUUAACGGUUUGUACACAGUUUUCUCUGAACUAGAUAUCGAUAACGUUGACACAAUCUCAGUAGAAUGCUCUAGUUUUGGCACCACACUACACUGUUACGGAUUUGUGGUUCGAUACUUGAUGAAUGUUAAGAUGAAUUAUUUCGGUGAUUUUUCUCAUUUCGUCACCGCUGAAGAAUACACGAAUGCCAACCAUACUGAAGAGCCGAAGAAUGAGAAUUUGGGAGAUGAACAUUCUGGAUUUAACAUAUCUUCUACUGAAGAUGUUGAAACUGAUAGAACUAAUCCUGAAGGAAGGCCAGCGAAUAAGGGAAUCCCUAUGCCUAAACGUUCAGAGCUUAAGAGGACGGAAAAUGAAAUGGAUAUCUGGUUUGUGUUUUCUGUAUGGGAAGGUGCCUUAAUCCUACCCGAAACAAUUUACAACUCAGACCCUUGCAUAGCAUUGCAUUUCAAUGAAUUAGAGGUCGAUUUAAGAAGUACGAAUUAUUAUAUGGAUCUUCUGGCAACCAUGAAUAAUACUGAAUUAAAAAGAUAUGUUUCGCGACAUCCUCAUGAUUUAUUUGAAUGUGUCCGAAAGGACAAUGGGCGACAAGAAAAAAGCCAUGGCUAUCUCUCCAGUUUGACGAUCCAUGGCCAUAGAAUGUAUGGGCUGCCACCCACUGAACCGACAUACUUUUGUCAAUGGGGAGUUGACAUAGAUCGCCUGGAAAUUAAUUCAGAUUUAGAGUUUGCUAAAGGAUUUUUGACAUGCUUUAGCAAGAUUGGGUUUGGAUUCAAAAAUCUCGAAAACAUUUUGCUGUAUGAGACUAAUACCCUCUUUGAUAUGACUUCCGUUACUGUUCGUGUAAAGGAAUUGAAAUUUAUGAUGAAUGAUGCUGAUACGAGUUCCAGAAGUGUUCUACAUGCCAAAAAAAUAACAUUCACUGCCAUAGAUUUUGAAAAUGAAGCUUAUUCUCAACGUGUGGAUUUCAAAUUUCCAGAUAUUAACUUUCUCAUAUUUGAAUUGGAUGAAAAUCAGAAGGAGGGUAGAUUCCUCUUGCAUUUGAAGACGCAGUUAAAUUUCACUGAUUUCAUACAAAAUCAAGCUUUUGCAGACCAUAGGUACAGACAGCGAGAAUACAUCACAUUGCAUGAUUCAGCGUAUUACAGAUGUUCCUUUCUGCUUCCUUGUUUUUUUCAAGAAUCUGUGCUCUACAAAGAACUGCUCGGAAGUAUUUCUCCCUCUGCAACUUUACCCCCCUUGCCGCUACCUGUUUUAGCAGAAACGAUAGAUUAUAUUAUUGAAGAUUGUCUGGGUGAAUAUGCACCUACUGUUAAACCUGACGAUUCUUCAUCAUCCGAUACUAGUGAAGGCCAAAGGACACCUUUAACAAAUGAAGACACAAGAUUCCAAGCGAAUUCCGGGUUCUUUUCUCCACACAUGCCACAUAAUCCUCCCAACAAUCGCGAUCGCUAUAACAAUUACGUGCUUGAUGUUGAAUACGUUAAUUUAGAGGUUAAGCCUUCAGUUACUGGAGUUCUCCUAAAUUAUCUUAAAAAGUUUUACACGGAAGACACCACCGAUAUCAUUGACAAGAACGAGAUUGCAAUUGUGAAAAAGUUGGGAAAUCUUCAGUACGGUGCGUCUUUUGUGACUACUUCGAGGUUGCAUGUUAAAGAUCUCCAUUUUCUAUAUGAUUUUGAAGAGGGAAGUGGCGUUGAAUUGGCACUGAAUAGCUUUGAUUUUGACUUAAGAAGAAAAACCAUUGAAAAUGAAGAUGAGAAAGUAAUAUUGGAAAAAACCAUGUUUUCAAAUAUUCACACUCUCAGAAUAUCUCUUUUGGAAGCCCAUCCUUCCAGCAUCAGCAUGAAACCAGCAGCAUUACAGCUUUCGAUAGAAGAUUUAGAAUUAUGGUCCUCCACCGUAGAUGAAAAUGUAAACUCGGUAAAUGUGACCUCAUUUGGCUUUACCUUGGAUGAAUCCCAAUUAGAACGAAUUUCAGGCUACUUAUUUGGGCAGAUUAAAGUACUUCGGGAUACAAUAACAUCUGCUAAAGAAUUGGAAAAUUUGAGAAAGAAAACUCAAAAGGACUUAAUAUGCGAUUUGACAUCUGCAAGUGAGUAUUAUCAAAUUAGCCAUGAUCCAUAUGUAAUUACAAAGCCUGCUUUUAUCAUGAGACUAUCAGAAGGCCAUGUUAGGGAGAAUCGGAGUUGGAGAAUCAUUACUCGUCUCCGCCAUAUUUUGACCUAUUUGCCGAAUGAUUGGCGUACCGCUGAUCACCUCGUAACCGUACAAGACUCUGAGAAUCCUAAUGUUCCUCAGAGAGAUGAGGAUAUUUUCGUUUCAGUUUUCUCAAACUGGAGAAACUGGGACUUGUCUGAUAUUACAAGAUCCUACAUCUACAAAAAGAUUUUUCUUCCACAGAAUGAGGAUAGCUUCAAAAAAGAAUUAAGGACAGUAUUGAAGAUCAAUUUUCAAUCAUUUUUCUUUACUGUAUUGAUUUCAGGCUAUGAAGUGGCUCGUAGCACGAUAUUCACAAGAACUAAUAUUAUAGUUGAUGUUCUGCCUCCUUCGGUUAACACAAGUUCUGAGAAUCUUUUCAAACAAGAGAAAGUUAUCACUUUGACGGCUAAUAUGGGCGCAAUAAAAGGUGAAUGGGGUGAGGAAGUUUUCAAGUUGAAGGAGUUGUUUUCGAAAUUUAGUGAGAAUGAGCUUGAUGAUCUUUCUAAUUUGGGAUCCAUCUCAAGAUCUGCUUCCAUUUCAGGUUUUGGCUCCCAAAUGGACCGUCUUGAAUCAAGUCGUGCAUCUGGUCCCGGAGACCGUUUCAGAAACCUUAAGAUUUUUGCCACUAUGAUAUUUGAAAGAUGUGAUUUGCAUUUUGUCGUGGGAGAUACGAGAUUGACAAACAGAAUCAUUAACGGGAAAAAUAGCAUGUUGCUUGAAAAUUCAAAAGAGAAUACACCACCUGCAUUGUCAGCUGUUUUUUUCGCACAGAGACAUGAAAUUUGGUUAAAGCACUCUACAAAUGUUUUAGCAGAAGUUUUAUUAAAGCAACUUCAUGUUGCAGCAACGGCUCAGUUGGGAGUUAUACCAUUUGUUUCCCUCAAUUGUCAAGCUACAAAUUCAUUUAUUAGAGCAAUGCCAAGCACUGUCGUUUUAAGAAAUUCUGUCGAGAAGAUUAAAAGGCAGGUAGAAGUUCUAAUUCCUCAGUUCAAAUCUCAUGAAGUAAAAAAUUCUUCAGCAGUUACUAAAAAGACGCCACGAAUUCCAAUCAAAUUUGAUAUCAGGUUCAACUUCACGGACAUGAGCUCAGAAAUAAUGUUGUUAUCUCCAUUUUAUCUGCUGCAAGAUGUUAAGCAACUACAUAUAUAUGCCAGUGGACAUGAGAAUAUGGAAUUAGUGCUUGGAUUUUUGGAGUAUGACGUCUAUUUGAAAUCACAACUAUCCUCUGAACAGUUUUUCAAGUUCUCGUCGACAGAUCUUCAGUUCAAAUGCGAGGUUGCAGAUGAAGUCGUUCCUGUUGUAGAAGUCCAAAUUUCGACAUCAUUAAUGAAGCUCACACUCUGUGAACCGCGGAGGGCGUUGCAUAACCUACUUCAAGAUGAGCAAACUCUCGUGGAAAGCGUGGACCAUAUCCAAAAACUUUGGAAUUUCCUUCGUUCUGCUUCUGGUGGAAACGAUCGAUCACCUUCUCGUAACACAAGAUGGGCCUUAGAUGCUAAUUUGAAAUAUUUCGGUUUACUUGUCCCCGUAUCGUCGAUCUGUUACAUUUUUGAGCUUCAUUCUCUCUUUGCCUCCUUAACUAAUGCCAAUGAACAGUAUGAAGAAUAUGAUAGGCAUUUUUCUGGGCAAAUCGUUGUGGAAUCGUGUUAUUUGCUGGUGAAGGAAUUAUCCUUGCCAGCCAAUCUCUCAAAAGUAUUGGAUUUCUCCAUAAGGUUUUUGACAUCACAAAAAGUUCCAAAUUCUUUACAGUCUUAUCAAAUUGAAAGUUCCUAUUUCAGGUUAUGUCUAUUUCCCGAAUUAUUAGUGGAUAUUUUGUGGAGUGUUCACUACUUACAGUCACUCCUUAAUCAUUUCAAAAAACACCAUACACCUUGGUUACCUUACUCAUCUAACAAAACUGCGAAAUCUGGUGAAUCGACUCUCGAUUUUAGAUCUAUUCAUAUUCUCUCGUAUAACUUCUGUGUCGGCUGGCUUUUCGAAGUGGGUGACAAUUCAGAACCUGGUUUGAUAUUAGGGUAUGACAGGCUAUUCUCAGCUUAUGAGAAGCAUUUUGGUAAGCUUACUUUAAUCGAUGGUUACUUGUCUGUUGCCAAUGGCAAUACUUCUGAUACAUUCUAUUCUCAAAAAAGUGAGAAGGAUAGUUACACAAGGACAUACCUAUCAAAUAUGCAAAUAUUCUAUUGGUUGAAGGGUGAAAACCUACUAAAGGAUUUAUUUGUUCGUUUUCAUGGUGAAGUCAUAGAUGUCAGAUUUUUGUCAACUUCCUUCAAACUGGUAGAAAAGACGCUUCACUCUAUUAAGCGCUUUAAUGAAAUGAAGAAAGCUAAGAUCAAGCAGACAGGGUCUUCUACUAAGAGUAAAUUGAAUAUGGAAGCGGCCUCAAAUACACUUGCCCCAUUCCUUGCUCACAUUAGAACCAUCAAUUCACAGUUGAACUUUGCAGGUGGUGUGUUUAAAGUUUAUUCGCCGACUGAACUUGACAGUAAAGCAGAACCUUUGUUGGAGAUAAAAUCACCAGGUGUGCAAAUGGCUAUUAAUUAUGAGUUUAAUGAGACAAGAGAGAAAUCACAUUGCAUCAGGUUCUUUACGACGAUUGAACCUACCCAUAACAUGCUCUUUGCUAAAUGUGCGCCGCUAUUAAGUGAUUUCAAUCACAAUAUUAAGAAUAUGAUCCGUAAUUUGAGUUCUGAGGAUAAAUCUCAUCCUUCUAAGCCAGUUACAGAUAGCAUCGAUUAUAAGAGCUUGUUAAAUCCCUAUGAUAUUGCAUUUGAAAUUGCCUCAGGAAAACAGAAGUUGAGUUUUAGCUGCGAGCCUAAGGCUAAGGUCCAAUUAGAUGCAGGUUUCAACUCAUUCUUAUUCAGAGUAACUACAGACAAGGUGGAUUCAGUUGAACCCUUUAACGUUUCCUUCUCCAUGGAUAAAAUUGAAUCUUCAGUACGACACAUUUUUUCGAGGGAUUCAAGUGCUGCAUUUAUGUUGGAUUAUAUCGACAUUGUCAUGAUGUUUACCUAUCCUAAUGUGUAUGGUGUUGCACUAGUGUCUGAUAUGAAUAUUUAUUGUAAUAUGAAGCAAAGGCAGAAUUUGAAUAUCUUCCUCGAUAUUUGGAGACUGAGUAAUCGGGGACGUACGAAACCAAGCGAAAAUAAAGCCGAAGACAAGAGCGAUGCUAAGAAAUCUCUCUCUCCUCCAUUUUCUCCAUCUUCUAACGAUUCUCGUAAGGUUUUUCCAUGGUCUUUCACGAUCAUUUUUACCAACAUGGGAGGUGUUGUUGAUUUAGGACCUUCUUUGGGUGUUCUCACUUUAGGUUUAGAACAGGUCUGGAUCACUACUAAGCAUCAAGGUGAUCAAAAAAGAACUUGGCAUACUUUUGCCCAUGGAAUUACGGUGAAUUCUGAAGGUAGAUUGAGUGGAAUGUUUGAGCUCGACCAGGCUAGCAGUGUUUCCGAAAUUUCCUGGCCAGAGGAGGAUCUAUUAAGAGUUGGUCCAUUGAUAUCAGUAUCAAUGGCCAUUAACAGAAUGUCCAUAAAGUCAGCAUUUGAUUACCAUAUGUUCUUGAUUGGAUCCAUGAAGAGUGUAAAAGUACAUCUUCAUAAUGAAUCUGACACUUAUGCGAUUUUACCAGAUUUAUUACAGGUUUCUUUGGAAUUCGAAUCCAUAGUCCUUUGUGCAACUGCUUUGACAGCAGCUAAUGCAUUGGAUAUUUACAACACGAUCAUGCGUAUGCAACAAGACAACAGAAUAUCAUAUAUUGAAACUUUGAAAGAAUCGAAUAUUUCUGCUUCUUCUACAUCAGUUGCUUACGAGGAGGUUCUGAACUCUCUGAACUUGUUGAGAACCGACAUGUCCGUUAUUGUUAAAGAGCUCAAAGUUCAUAUUUCACCUAUGUCUUUGUUUGAUGCAGAGGUGUUAGUGGUGUCAGUUAGAGAUGUUAAUGCACGUUCAGAAACCCAAUCAGGCGAGAAAUUAAAGACCGAACUUCAACUUCAAAUAUCAGACGUGAAUGCCUCGUUAUCUUCAUCGAAAGAAGAAUUGGAUGAGGAAACGGUUUCCAAGAUUGCUGUCGAUGAUUAUAUGCUGUAUGCUUCCAAGUUUUCUGGUGGAACUAUCAUAAAAUUACCUCAACUGCUGGUCAGUAUGACAACUUGGCAGCAGCAAAGCAGCCCUGUGCUUGAAUAUUUGUUCACCUGCAAAUUCUUUGACAAGAUUUCUAUGAAAUGGAACCUAGGCCCGGUUAAUUUUAUCAAAGAAAUGUGGGCCACGCAUGUGAGGUCGCUAGCGGUACGUCGUACACAACUGGGAAAUUCCAGUCCAGAGUUAGAAGUAGCAAAUGAAUCUGACAAAGAAGAUACAGUGAAAUCUAAAUUUAUUUAUGUGCCACUUGAUGAACCAUAUAUUGAGAUGCCUCAAAUUAAAGAUUUGGGUGAUGCUACUCCGCCACUGGAAUGGUUUGGUGUCCAUAGGAAGAAUCUUCCUGCUGCGACUCACCAGACCGCUGUGCUUUUGAUUCAAAAGUUAGUUCAUACUGCUGAAAAGGAAUAUGCGAAACUUCAACAACGGGCCUAA